UCGGUAGACGAUUUGAUUAAAGAUUGAUUAGCAAAAACAACAAAUAAACCACACGAAUUUAACAACGAAAUAUAUAUAUACUAAAAAAAAUCGGAGGCAGACAUGGCAAGUCUCUGGCUGGACUUGAAGUCAUUUUUAAAGACUUUGAUCUGCUUUGUAGUUGCUUUGAUGUUAGUGCCUUUGCUGCUCUUAUCAUUUCUAUGCGCCCAUUUUGGCAACGAGUUAGCCAAUUAUGUCUUAAGCAUCAAAUAUCCCAAUUUAACCAUAUCCAAAUCGAAGAAAAUCCGCACUUUAAUUGAUACACCGAAAAAUGCUGGCAUUUUCCAUUUUCUACUACAAGUAGAGGGCCCCUGCGAUUUUGAGCGCAUCAAACGAGCCUACUCCACGCAGUUAAUCGACUUGAGGGAUAAAACUGGCAUUUUGAGAUUUCCAAAACUUCGCCAGAAAUUGGUGACCUGUUGGGGUCACUAUGCUUGGGUCAAUGACAGCAGUGGCUUCAACAUUAACAAUCAUGUACUCUUCAGUACUCACAAAUAUCGCGGUCGACCUGUCAACGAAUCGAACAUACAGGAUUAUGUAAGCGAAUUGGCCACCAAAUAUAUACCAUCCGAUCUACCGCAAUGGCAAGUUAUAGUCAUACCCACAUCGGAUCAUGAUAAUCAACCGUAUUACAUACUGAUCAAGUUGCAUCAUUUGAUUAUAGCCGAGGAGGAAGAUUUGCAUGUGAGUGAAAUGUUAUUAUUGCAAGAUCCCGAUCAGAUCAAAAUGAAGUCCACGUUUAUUGGCCUUGAUGAUGAGCUGACUGGGGGAAGUACAACUUGUCCUUCUGACAAGCAACUCUCACAUUUUGUACGCCAUCCAGAGCAUAUACGUAAAUUGUGGCAUCAUUUGAGAUAUUUGAUCAUCUGUCGUUGGCAAAAAUUCAUCUAUGAGUUUGAAUCCCUGGAAACGCCCGAUGGUGAUCCUCCCUCGUCUGCCAUACCGAUAAAGAAUCUCAGUCAACUUCUAUCGCUGCUGCUAAUUGUGGUGGUCAAUGUGACAAUGGGUUAUUGGCGUAGUCGAUCGCUGCGUGAAAAGCUUCAUCGACGUUCCAGCGGUUAUCGCAAUGACGUAGGUCGCCUGGAGACAUUACGUGUUCUUUUGUUUCGAGAGUUAGAGCAAAGAAAUCUAUCGUGGACUUUGGCUCGAUCUGCGUUGUUGAAUAGCUUGCAGCCUACGAAUAUGGCCAAAGCCUGGACUAAAUUUUUAUGGCAUGUCAAUCUUAAUCAUGUGAUUCUAUUACCCUACAACAUGUACUGUGAAUUGAUGGCUUUCGGUGAUGUCUUACUAAAGGGUCAAACUACAUAUACAUCCACAUAUUGUGCUCGUCUGCAUUUGUAUGUGCCCAUGCUGAUCUACGCCCAGUUGGAACUAAUGAAGAUCUGUUGGGAGUUGUUCAAGGCCCCGAGAAACAUCUAUGAAGUGCUUAUCGAACAACCAACGCGUGAGCUAAACAUUUUACAUAAAAAAUCCUAUGCAGGAAGAAAAAUUGUAUCCUUUAGCCGUUCCAUUGAUGGCACUCAGUUGCGAAAGCGUCACAAAUUCGAUAAUCAACUGCGUGAAUCGGACUUUAGUCUAACCUGUUUAGCCGGAGCUGUUUAUGAUUAUUUCAAUAUGUUUACGGAUAUAGCUUCAGUGCCAUUGCUUUUAAAUACAACUUGUCGCACCAUAUCAAAGGGUUAUUUCACCGAUCGCUCGUUAGAGACUUCUGAACAUAUUGGCGGUGUCGUCUUCCUGCAGUUACCUCUACAUCAACCAGAUGCAGAUCAUGCCCAGCAAUUGCAUGCGAUUGUCGAGGAAAUUCGCAAGCAACAGAUUAUGAUAUAUCUGGCCUCGAUUGGUCAAACAAAAUAUAGUUUGCUGACUUCUCUGAUGCCGCAGGUUUUCACUAAAAUCUUUAUCAAUUUUUUCUCGUAUAACUUUCCCAUUACCAUAACCGAAAUCUAUGGUGAAACUCAAGAGUUUCAAUCAUCUUGGGGCCAAAAGGUACAGGAUGUCCUUUUAUUUAGGCCACCCCAAUCAAAGACUUGUCUGUCUUUGAAUCUGCAUCGUUUUGGAGAUCGAUAUAGAUUGGCCAUCAUGGCGGAUACGCAUUUAGCUCCUGAUCACACAAUUAUCACACAAUCCUUUGAACGAUAUAUGGAAACAGUGACUCUCUGACGGUUUUCUUUAGACAAUAAACAACGAAUGAAUGUAACUCAAAAAUAAAAUUAUUUAUCCAAGCCAAUUUUUAAA